AUGUCCAUCAGGCCGAUCAAUCUCGAUGAAUUGCCCGAGACAUCGUUCGAGGAUAUGGACACAACAUUUACCAGAGAUUAUGCAAAGAAAACGGUACCUGAUAGCCGAAGAUCACCAUUAUCACGACAACCACUGGUUGCACCUACUCCCACAUCAUCUACAAGCUCAGACGGUACAAUUUUCUCUCAUCCUAAAGAAAAGCAUUCCCGUGGUAGUAAGACGGAGGAAGAUGAAGAAGUAGAAGAGGAAGAUGAAUUUUUGAAUGAUUUCCAAGAAUUUCAGGAUCGAAAAGAUGACUUUGAUGACGCAUUGAAGACCUAUUUCAAAUUGCGAGGUUCGUCAGGAUCACUGGCGUUAAAACCUGAUGUUUCUCGUCCAAAUAGCAAUGAGCUGGCAAGAGAGUUCAGCAAACGAUUAAAUGUUGGCAGUAAGAAAAGGCCCCCGGCUCUAAGACAACCAAGAUCAAUGAUGGAAUUAAAGACAAGACCAAGAAGUAAUGGAGAAAUGCCCAAUAGCCUAUCGACCGGUGAUUUAAGAGUUCAAUCGAACAGCACUGUGCGGUUCAAGAAAUCCAUGCCCACGCUCUCUAAUUUUAAUCCAACGAUAGAAGAAGAAGAAGAGGACUUCGCACUACCGAACCAGGUAGGAAAGUAUGGCAACAGGCUUAGAAAUGACUUAAUGGAAACGAAUAGAGAGGAAGAUGAGGAUGAUGACAAAGAUUUUGUCUUUGACGAAAGGCUCAUACAACCUCAAUUUCUGAAUAGACCGUCUGAAGAAUCUCCGCUGAAGCUGUCGCCAUCUCAAUACGAGAUAGUGAGAGAUGACGCCCUACUGACACCACGAUUGCAUAAGAGAUACCGAGAUUGGAAUGCCAAAAAUCACCUAGAUUCCUUUAAAGAACAGGUUCCAGCUUUAUCACGCCGUAGAUCGGCUAGGAACACUACAGCAGCAUCCAGAAUUAAGACCAUUAAGCAAGAAAUCGAUCAUAAUACGCCAAUAAAAAAUGGUCGUAUGUAUUAUAACCCAAAGACAAUGAAAUGGGAAGGAAACGAGCAAGUUUUGGAUAAGUUUACAAACUUGGACGCCAUUGACAAGAAACCUUUGUUAAUCAAGUCAAAAUCACAACUUAAUGAGACAACAAACCAGGAACCUGGGCUGACGAAACCAUCUAUGAUAAAGUCAACUAAAAGGCUAAAGAAACCACGAAUUAUCGGUAAGAUGAUGUUCGAUGAUGAAAAUCUGCGGUGGGUAAGUGCUCACGGAGAUGACGAAGAACAAGAUCCAUUCGCAGGUAUAAAGGACAUUACACCAGUGAUAAGUAAUUCACCAAAGACAAAGCAUUAUAUCUCACCAUUUCUGAGGUCUCAAAGCCAACUGCUGCCGUCUACAGGGGACAACAUUGCAGACAGACUAAACUCAUCGGCGACUACAAGGUAUCAUUCUAUGGGAGUUACAAACCGAGAGAUUGCCCGAGAGCCAGCAUUUCAACUCAGCUCUCGACUCCUCGAGAAGUUUUGUCAUGAAGAAAACCGCUGGAAUCGGAAGGUUGGUGGUUGGUUCUUAUUAGGGAACAAGGACUCAGAGUCAGAAUCCAGGAACAAGAACGAGAAAUGCCAGAGCCACAUGUUUGAGAUCAGAAACAUGGUCAUGAACUCGACGAGAGGAUAG